UCUUCUAACCAGCCCACUUUCCUUGUGGAACUGUCCAGAGUGCUGGCAAAUCCAGGAAACAGCCAGGUUGCGAGAGUUGCAGCUGGUUUGCAGAUCAAGAACUCUUUGACGUCUAAAGAUCCAGAUAUCAAAUCCCAAUACCAACAGAGAUGGCUUGCAAUUGAUGCCAAUGCCCGGAGGGAAGUCAAGAACUAUGUCUUGCAGACAUUGGGUACAGAAACAUACAGGCCCAGCUCAGCCUCCCAGUGUGUGGCUGGCAUUGCCUGUGCAGAGAUUCCCAUGAACCAGUGGCCUGAACUCAUUCCUCAGCUGGUAGCAAAUGUUACAAAUCAACACAGCACUGAGCACAUGAAAGAGUCUACGUUGGAGGCAAUUGGUUACAUCUGUCAGGAUAUUGACCCAGAGCAGCUUCAGGACAAAUCCAAUGAGAUCCUGACGGCCAUUAUCCAGGGAAUGAGAAAAGAAGAGCCCAGUAACAAUGUGAAGCUAGCAGCUACAAAUGCACUCCUGAACUCUUUGGAAUUUACCAAAGCAAACUUUGACAAAGAGUCUGAAAGGCACUUUAUUAUGCAAGUUGUCUGUGAAGCAACGCAGUGUCCAGAUACAAGGGUACGGGUGGCUGCCUUGCAGAACUUGGUGAAGAUAAUGUCCCUGUACUAUCAGUAUAUGGAGACGUAUAUGGGUCCGGCUCUCUUUGCUAUCACAAUUGAAGCAAUGAAAAGUGAGAUAGAUGAGGUGGCUCUACAAGGAAUAGAAUUCUGGUCAAAUGUCUGUGAUGAGGAAAUGGAUUUGGCUAUUGAGGCAUCUGAGGCAGCAGAACAAGGAAGACCUCCAGAGCAUACCAGCAAAUUUUACGCUAAGGGAGCACUACAGUAUCUGGUCCCAAUUCUCACGCAGACACUAACAAAACAGGAUGAAAAUGACGACGAUGAUGACUGGAACCCCUGUAAAGCAGCAGGGGUCUGUCUAAUGCUUCUGGCAACCUGCUGCGAAGAUGACAUUGUUCCCCAUGUACUGCCGUUCAUUAAAGAGCACAUUAAAAAUCCAGACUGGCGAUACAGAGAUGCAGCUGUCAUGGCUUUUGGGUGUAUUUUGGAAGGACCAGAGCCCAACCAGCUCAAACCACUAGUUAUACAGGCCAUGCCAACUUUAAUAGAACUAAUGAAGGACCCUAGUGUGGUGGUUCGAGAUACAACUGCAUGGACUGUGGGCAGGAUCUGUGAGCUGCUCCCUGAAGCUGCCAUCAAUGACAUUUACCUCGCUCCACUGUUGCAGUGUCUGAUUGAGGGCCUGAGCGCAGAGCCUAGAGUAGCUUCCAAUGUGUGCUGGGCCUUCUCAAGCCUGGCUGAAGCUGCCUAUGAAGCUGCAGAUGUAGCUGAUGAUCAGGAAGAGCCAGCAACCUACUGUUUAUCCUCCUCAUUUGAGCUAAUAGUUCAGAAACUUUUGGAGACCACAGACAGGCCUGAUGGACACCAGAAUAACCUGAGGAGUGCUGCAUAUGAAGCUCUGAUGGAAAUAGUAAAAAACAGUGCCAAGGACUGUUACCCUGCUGUCCAGAAGACAACCUUGGUCAUCAUGGAGAGACUGCAGCAGGUGCUGCAGAUGGAGUCUCAUAUCCAGAGUACAUCAGACAGAAUCCAGUUCAAUGAUCUUCAGUCUCUGCUUUGUGCUACUCUGCAGAAUGUUCUUCGGAAAGUGCAGCAUCAAGAUGCUUUGCAGAUCUCUGACGUGGUUAUGGCUUCUCUGUUGAGAAUGUUCCAGAGCACGGCUGGAUCAGGGGGUGUGCAAGAGGAUGCCUUGAUGGCAGUCAGCACCCUUGUGGAAGUCUUAGGUGGAGAGUUUCUGAAGUACAUGGAUGCCUUCAAACCUUUCCUGGGCAUUGGACUGAAGAACUAUGCAGAAUACCAGGUUUGUCUGGCUGCAGUGGGCCUAGUUGGAGACUUAUGUAGAGCCCUGCAGUCCAACAUCUUGCCUUUCUGCGAUGAGGUUAUGCAGCUGCUCUUAGAAAACUUGGGGAACGAGAAUGUUCAUAGGUCUGUAAAGCCUCAGAUUCUUUCUGUGUUUGGUGAUAUUGCCCUUGCCAUUGGUGGAGAGUUUAAAAAAUACCUAGAUGUUGUGUUGAACACCUUGCAGCAGGCCUCCCAAGCCCAGGUUGAUAAGUCUGACUAUGAUAUGGUAGACUACUUGAAUGAGCUGAGGGAGGGCUGUCUGGAAGCUUACACUGGCAUCAUUCAGGGACUGAAGGGAGACCAAGAAAAUGUGCACCCGGAUGUCAUGCUGGUGCAGCCCAGAGUAGAAUUUAUUCUUUCUUUCAUCGACCACAUUGCUGGAGAUGAGGAUCACACAGACGGAGUAGUAGCUUGUGCUGCUGGGCUGAUAGGGGACUUGUGUACAGCAUUUGGGAAAGAUGUACUGAAAUUAGUAGAAGCUAGACCCAUGAUACAUGAACUGCUAACUGAAGGAAGAAGAUCCAAGACGAAUAAAACAAAAACCCUCGCUACCUGGGCGACUAAAGAACUGCGAAAACUGAAGAAUCAAGCUUGUUGCUGCUGCUUCUCUUGCCAGAAACCUUCCUCCCCUGCACUGCUCAGUGAGACUGUGUGGGCAUGCACUCUGAAUGACAUGCUCUCAUCUGCUUCCUGUUUGGGGGAGCUGGAGGUGACAGGGAUGUGUCAUCCGCCCAUAUGUGCUAUUCAGACACACAGGAAUAACAGUGCGAUGCAAAACUAUUUCCAGGAACAAGAGUCUGGCCUCUUCUAUCAGUGGUUGUCUUUUGGGUUCCUUUGAGGUUUAAUGUCAUCUACGUUCUCUUGUGUGCAUUUGUGUACCUUGACAGGGGAUGGUAUCUUGGCAAGAGCAGAUUAGCUUGCUAAAUGCCUUGUUCUUCAAUAUGAUUAAAGCAGUGGUGCCCAACCUUUUCGUUCUGUGGGCCAGCUGAGCAGUGCCAAGUCUGUUUGCAGGCCAGAUCUGGCCUAUGGAUGACUGCGUGGUAACAAUGACCUGGCCAGGGCUUGAUGCACAGCUAUGUGGGGCUAGGAAAUUUGGCAGCAGGGUGGCAGUGGCAGUGCUAAUUGCUACUGCUUUCUUGCCACCAAAUUUCCAAACCCCUGAACUGAAGCACACUUUCUGAUCAGGAAAGAGAUGCAGAGAUCAACCAUGGAAGAAAAACUGAUUGGCUGGGAGGCGAGCUAAACUACAAGAAUCUAUUUACUGAGUCCUUACAAACCAGGCUUAGGGGUGUUUAACACCUUCUGCAAACCAUGGAGGUGAUAAAGUAGUCUUGGCCCAUCACGUAGGAGCGUGUACUGAGGUUCUCUUUAAUGAGAGGAGGCUUUGUCCAUCAUUGAAAGUACUGCCUGCUGUGGAAUGCAGUGGUUGCUGCCAGCACAUAGCAAAGCCUGCACGCUCUAGGAUGGUGAAGUGGGUACAUCGCACUAACAAAGGCAUCACAGGGAAGCAGAAUGUAAUUAUCCACCAUGUAAUUUAGUGAAUUUUAAUGGUUUUGACAUUUACCUCUUGGGUAAAGUUUUCCCAGCAUUUUUAAUGACUGAGUGGGCAGGUCCUACAGCUCAGCUCUUAACCGUGACUUCUUCCAAGUUGUAACUUGUGCACUAAGCACAGGUGUGUGUGGAGAGCUGGCUCAAGACAUGGUGAUAUUGCAGCUUUUUUUUUUCCAACUAGAAGAGGUAUUAAAAUAGAUUAAAAUAUACUCUUUUUCAUGUAAGCAAAUGCAUUACCAGUGGUCUGUGAUUGCAAGUGGGAAGAAAGCUGUCCAUACAAGAGAACUUGAGAACCAAUGUCUUGUCCAAACUUAAAGCUGGAAUUUUUAAUGAAAAGCAACCAAAUGGUGCCUAGUGUCUCCACUUGGUAGGAGAUCCUGUAGUCUGCCUUAAGUAAACCAGUUUGGGCAAUGAGCACUUUUACACGUGCUCCAGGAAUGGGGGGGGCAGGGGUGCACAGUGCUUUAAUUAGAGUGGCUCUAAA